ACAAGUUCGCAGAGUUUGGAGUCUAUGAGAGUAAAGAGAGAGUCCAAAGGAACCCGAGGCGAAAAUGGAAAUGAGGAACAAGAUCAAGGAGAAAAUCGAAGAUGGAAUGGAGCUGUUAUGUAAGAAGGUCGACCCAGAAGAUCUGAAACCUGGCGAUCACAUCUACGCGUACAGGCUAUACGGCUUUUAUAGUCACCAUGGAAUAUAUGUGGGAGGCGGUUAUGUGAUUCACUAUACUAGCACAGAGAACAAGGGUGCCAUCCUCUCACUUUCUGGAGGUGCACCAGAAACCAUGCCCCCUGUUCAAAAUGUGGGUACCGGAAAAACACUGGCCGCGGGGUCAUUAAGACGUGCCUCGAUUGCUUCCGAAAACACGGCGAGAAGCUUCAUUCCAUCCAUUACUUCAUGUAUGGCGCACCGCUGGGGCCAUCUCCUGAAGAAUCCGGGGACUUGCAGCAUCCUUUCCUGUGACAAAACCCCUGAACAAGUAAUCGAAGUUGCUUCUAAACUUCUUGGGAGCAAUGAAUUUGGUGUUUAUCACGUCAUUACUAAUAACUGCGAACAUUUUGCGACUUACUGUAAGACAGGUGUAACUGCCAGCGAGCAGGCGGCAUUUUAUAGUGUUUUUGAGAAGAAGCUCAGAAAUUGUAAAGAAUGGCUCUAGAAGUUUGUCGAGUAGUCUAUUUACAUUAACGACUGUUGCUUACUCUAAGAGUGCUCGCACUCUGGCGUUCAUUGCAUAAAUUCCAACUCAGUAGU